AGGAGGUGAACCUGGUUUUUUCAAGAAACCAAAAGUGUUCCACAACCUUCAAGUUAACCAAUCUGAUGCACACCAUGGCUGUUGCUGUUUCUUUUAACACUACUAACCCUUCACUUUUCUCAUUCACCCACCCUUUUUCUAUUAUCCCUCCUCUUGGAACUGCAUCUUUUACCCUUUUCUUAUUGAAACCGUCCAAUCAUCCGCCGCUCUCAACCCCACCGGAUAACGUUCUUGUCCGAUCAUCCAUGCUGCCCACCGGAAAAGCCAAUCAGGAAGAUCUCCGUCGUCUGUUCUCCAAACCUGGUCCACAUAUCUUUAAAGAUGUAACAAUCCCGAUCUCCUUUGUCGGCCCUCACGUCAUCGAGUUUCUGCUCUCAUCUUCCUCUACGAAGACCCUCGAGAUCGCUUUCGUUCUAUCUAAAGCCAUUUCGUGGUGUGAUGAGUUGCAGCUCGGUUCUUUGUUAAGACCUGCUGUUAUGAGUGGGAAUUGUUAUGUUGCUUCGGUUUUGGUGGAUGCCGGUGCUGAUGUAAACCGGCGGGAGGCAGAUGGGGAAUCAGUGAUGGAUUUGGCUGUUAAAUCUGGAAAUGUUGAAAUGGUUCGGUUUUUGAUCGAGUCUGGUUGUGUGAUUGAUCAUUUAAAGGAUCGAUUCUUGCAUGCUGCAGCUUCUGCGAAUCGGGUGGAUAUAAUGGAGGUUUUGUGUAUGGGUUAUUUAGAUAUAGAUGUCGAUUCGGUCGAUUCUGAAGGUCGAACACCUCUUCAUAUUGGUGCAAGUUACGGUCAUAUUGAAGUUCUUCAGUUCCUAAUUACGUUAGGAAGCGAUCCCGAUAGAGCCGAUUCCAGAAGGUGGACCCCGCUUCAUUGCGCUUCGAUAGAAGGGCAUGUAGCAGCAGUCGAGUUCCUGCUAAACUCGUGUAAUUAUGUUAAGUAUGCGGUAACUAACGAAGGAAAGACCGCAUUCGAUCUUGCAGUGGAAAACGAGCAUACGGACUUAUACGACAUGUUGCAUUUAGGGGACGUUUUGCAUAGAUCGGCAAGAAAAGGAGAUAUCGACGAAAUGAAGAAAUGUUUAGCAGAAGGUGCAAAGGUGAACGGGAGGGAUCAAAAUGGCUGGACCCCUUUGCAUAAAUCGUCGUUUAAGGGUUGGAUUGAUGGGGUUAAGGUGUUGCUCAACCAUGGUGCUCGGGUUGAUCUGGUGGACGGUACUGGGUUCACACCACUUCAUCGGGCGGUUGAGGCAGGGCAUGCACAUGUCGCAAUGCUGCUAAUCGCUCAUGGAGCAAAAGCUAGCAUGAAAUCGCUCGCUGUUCCUUUGGAUUUACUUUGCCACAAAAUUGAAACUUGAAUUAAGUCGUUACACAAAACCCGGGCCUUUCAAGCUCAUCUCCUCUCCAGUAAACAAACCAGCAAAGAAAAGAACUCGGACUUAACAGGCCUGAUCGGGCUUUUGAAUAAAACUUGACCUGGUUGGGCUAAUCGGUUUGGGUCUAGGCUUUGGGCUUUUGCUAAGGUCGGGCUUUUUACGGUUCGGGUUUUAGGCUUUUAUGCAUCUCUAUAUACAAGUUUCACUCAAUUGUAUCUAUGUAUAGUUUAGAGUUGUGUCAUGUGUAAUCUAUGCAAUUAGCAAAAUAGAUUAGAAACAAAUAGGAUUCAUUUGGUGAACUUGUAUAUUGCAAAAGUCAUAUGAUCCUUAAAUUCCUACAAAAUCAUUUGG